AUGAAAUCUCAAAAACGGACGUCACAGUCACUCCAUCCAUCCAAAAGUGUGAAUAUAGAUGAAAUACCACUACCAUCUCCACCUAACAAUAUACCAAAUUGUAUGGAAGUUCAGCCGGUGGAUAGCUAUGUCAUGGAGUCGGAGUCGAAUGUGGAGUUGGACACAGUCUGUCCACAUAAUGUAGAAGUUGAUAAUGCUCAGAGCUGUCCUGGGGGUGAGUUUAUCGUCACUGUCAAUGACGUCCUUGAACCCAUCUCAGUUCCUGACUUAUUUUCUCAUGUUUCAAGUGAACCUAGUUCCAUCAACGAGUCAUCCCAGCAUUUGGAUAUGCAAGGUGUUCAAAAAAUGUGUGAGGUGACUGAUGGCAUCCAGUCACAACCUGCUAGAGACCUGGAUGUGUUAGAUAUCCAGUGCUCUGAAAUUGUUGAACACGUAGAUGGUACACCACUAACAGUUGUCAGUACACAGGACAUUAGGCCAUGCGAAUCGAAAUACGACCUGCGGAAACGGAAGACUAAGCCUCAUAUCCCGAUGUGUUUUCUGUCCAACACUCUCAAUCCGUAUGAAAGGUUAUCCGAUUAUGAUGUUGAUCUUAGCAGCAUUUUUUCUUCGUAUCCUGGGGCACCUAUUCCACAAUACACUCACUUGUUGAACAAUGACUACAGUCUUUUGAGUUCGACCCGUUCAUCGAUUCCCAGUAAGUCAACAUACUCGGGGAGUGGUAAGCUUCUUGGGGCAUCUGGAUUGCGUGCUAGUUCAUUACACUAUGAGAUGCGACAAUGGAUUUGUGAUUGCGUCGCUCCUACUCCAGUGGAACUUGAUCUAGGCAUACUUUCCUGUGGUCCUGGUUGUAUCAACCGUGCUCUGAAUAUUGAGUGCGGACCGCAUUGCGCUGCUGGUGAUUUUUGUAGUAAUCGUCAGUUCCAGAUGAGGCUUUACGCUCCGACAAGACCCUUUUAUGCGGGUAAAGACAAAGGGUGGGGACUGAUGGCAACAGAUAACGUCGAGAAAGGAUCUUUUGUAAUUGAAUAUGUGGGAGAAGUAAUUGACUUUUCUGAAUUUCGUCGACGUAUUCGUCGGUACGAACGCCUGGGUCACGCUCAUCACUACUUUAUGGCUGUGGAGUCAGAUAGAUUCAUCGAUGCUGGUAGUAAAGGCAAUUGGGCAAGAUUCGUAAAUCACUCAUGCGAACCCAACUGUGUUACUCAAAAGUGGAGUGUGGAUGGUGAAAUACGCAUUGGAUUUUUUGCUAAAGAAGAUAUCCCAUCUGGUCAGGAAGUAACCAUAGAUUAUCAGUUUGUCCAGUAUGGGGUUUCUGAACAAAAGUGUUAUUGUGGUGCGUCUACCUGCUCUGGUGUAAUGGGGGCGACCAGCAAAUAUUUGCAAGAAAAAGUUCGCAUGAAAGACACUACAAUGGUUGAAAGACGCAUUCUCCAACUCCUUCAAUUAGAUUCGUUCAGAAAUGCAGACGAUAUAACUCUGUUAUUACAAGUUAUGGUUCAAGAAUGCCUUACAAGGUACACUCGACUGCAGCUUCUCAGCCGUCUGAUUAAAACAGAAAACGAUGCUUGUCUUAAACUUUUUCGACAGUAUAAUGGUCUCGAUAUGUUGGCGGCCUUUAUGUGUGAUGCAGCGCCGAAAGAUUGGGAACUCAAAAAGCAGAUAUUAGUUUGCUUGAAACACAUCCCUGUUUCAGAGCAAAAACAGGUACAGUCGAAUUCACGCCUUAUGGAAAUAGUAGCACAGUGGACUUCCAAUCCUCACCACUGUCGGGCACGUAGUAUUCCUCCCGAGUCGUGGAAGAGUGCUGACGUACAUAUAGCAGAUACUUCAAAUGUUACUUUGGUUAGAUUUUCCACUGAUGAACUCCCUAUGGAGUCGAAUUUCGACUCUGAUGAAACAAAAUCACUUUCUAAGAGUACCAAGGACAAUGAAUCAUCUUCGAUACAAACAGGUGAUAAAAAUAGUGAUUUUGCUGCAUCACCUUCGAGUUCCGACUCAUUUAGUUCUUCCUUGAAGGAGAAUGCAUCAUGUGUGUUGCAUGCUUCGACACUCCCAGUUUACGAAGAAGGAUUUAACGCUAUCAUUCAAACUUCUGAUUGUGAUAUGUCCCCCGUAACUGUUGUGGAUGAUGAUAAUGGUGAAAUUGAAAUCGGAUAUGCAGCCGACAACAACGAAAUAAAUAUGGAUACUGAAGAAUGUAAAGCUAAGACGAAUGAGGAAUGGAUAGAAGAGAUCAAGGCUUUGGCUUGUAGACUGCUUGAAAAAUGGUCUAAAUUACCGAAGGAAAACUACCGGAUACCGCGAUUGGAGCGUCAAGAGACCGAGAAAAUGCUUCAUAUAUCAAAUCCAAUUGGUUCUUCUCUUAUCUCUUGGGGAUCGGAAUACAAAGAUGAACAAGCAAUAUCCAAUAAAUCUUGGACUCAGAAUAGUAGCAGUAAAUUCCAGUCAAAUAAAACUCUGCGUGACAAACUGGUUUCAUCUUUCAUUCGAGAGCAGAAUGGUCCAAAAGCAUCCAACAGUUCGUCAUGUUUGUCCAAAGCUGAGAGACGUAUGCUUUUCGAAGCUCAAGUUAAAGCUAAUGAAAAUCAAUGUUCAUCUGAAAAUUCUGUUCCUACAUCGGAUGAUUUUGUGCAGACAAAUCCAUCUAAUGACGAAAAGGAUACAGAUCAUCUUCGUCAGCUAUUACUCUGUGCACUUUUAAGUGAGUGCGGUCGAAACGAUACUGCCCUUUCAAAUCUUUUAUCUAACAUAGCUGUAGAAUUGAAAAGCAUGCCUGUUGUUUCUACUUUGUUACAAGCCUUACCUCGUAUGUUGACUUUGAUGUCCAGUUCCAACGAUUCAGAUUUGGUUACGCGUCUUUGUAAAGAACUCAAACGGUAUGCUGAUGAUGACUUAAACUCAUUACCUGCGGGCUGGAGAUCAGCUGCUGACUCGAGUGGGCGACUGUAUUAUUACAAUAAAGAAACCAAUAGUGUUCAGUGGGAGAAGCCACUAAUAAAUUCCAAUGAAAAAGAUGACAAAAACACCCUUACUGAAGAGCAAUAUGGACAGAUGAAAAGACAGUUUACUCAUGAGGUUGGAAAUUACAUUUUGCGUCUUCUGAAGCCCUACAGACUACCCAAUUGUUUGACUGGUCGUAUAGACUCAAGCGAAGACUUUGUGCAUAUAACGAAAAAGCUAACUCAUUCGUUCGUAUCGAAGGAACUAAAGCGAUCAUCACUAACUUCACCACCAACUUUUUCAAAUGGACUUCAAGAACGUAUACGUUUAAGUGUUACACGGUAUAUGACUUCACGCGGGCCAGUAUAUAGGCGUAAAACGAAAAUCAAUAAUCCCGGGUGA